AUGAGAAACACAGUCGUUCUCGCCCUCGCCGGCGCUGCCCUGUGCGCUCCCACCCAGACCCUUGAGAACCGUCAAUUCCCCGGUUUCGGCUCCAGUGGAUCUGGAACUGAAGGUGGUCUCGGCGCUCUGGCCUCACUCUUCCCUGGUCUGGGAAGUGAGUCCGGUAGCUCGUCUGGCUCUGGCUCUAUAUUCCCCGGCCUCGGUGAUCUCCCUGGUCUCGGAAGUUCCGGUGCUUCGUCCUCGGAUACCCCGAGCCUGCCAAGCUUCGGUGACCUGCCUGCUCUUGGAGGCUCCGGCGCUGAGCCCAGCAGCACUCCCAGCUUGCCUGUUCCUUCUGGCUUGCCCAGCUUCAAGACUGGCCGUGAUGUCGAGAAGCGUCAGUUUGACCUUUCGUCCCUGACCAGUGGUCUGGGCGGCAGCACUGGCACCAGUGGUGGUCUCAGUUCUCUGGAGUCUUUGCUCCCUUCCAUGGGCGGAAGCUCUGGCAGUGAAGGUCUUGGCUCCAUCGAGUCCCUCAUUCCCUCUCUUGGGGGUAGCUCUGGCACCAGCGGAGGCCUCGGCGCCCUGGAGUCCCUCAUUCCUUCCAUUGGCUCUAGCAGCUCCAGCGGCCUCGGCUUCAAGGUCCGCCGCGACGCCAAGGAGGCUGAGAAGCGCAACGUUGACUUCAGCAUCGGUAGUAGCGCUGGAGGCAGCGCUGACGUCGGCGCCAACGCCGGAGCUGGACUCGGCGUCGGUAUCAAUAUCAAGGCCCGUGACGACGACGAAGAGGAUAUCGAGAAGCGCCAGUUCGAUCUCUCCUCCCUCACGAGCGGACUUGGCGGCAGCUCCGGCACCAGCAGCGGUCUCGGUGCCCUUUCCUCUCUUAUUCCGUCUAUGGGCAGCAGUGGCAGCUCCGGUAGCAGCGGAUUCAGCAUCCCUGGCCUGAGUAAUAUCCCCAGUGGUUCCGGUAUCUCAAGUCUUAAGGCUAAACGUCAGAGUCUACUAGGCUCCUCCGGUUCUAUUACCUCGAACGAUGUCACCGAAAACAACGGCUGCAAGGAAUUGACUUUCAUUUUCGCCCGCGGCAGUGAUGAGAUGGGCAACAUGGGUUCCGUCGUUGGACCCCCGGUCGCUUCCCAGUUGAAGUCUUUGACUGGUGACAAGGUCUCCGUCCAGGGUGUGACUUAUGCGGCUACUGCUGAGAGCAACGCCGCUAUGGGCGCAAACGGUGGUCCCGUCAUGGCCAAGCUCGUCAAGCAGGCUCUCUCUCAGUGCCCCAAGACCAAGGUCGUUCUCGGUGGAUACUCGCAGGGUUCCAUGGUCGUGCACAACGCUGCCAACAGCCUCUCUGCCGAUCAGGUCUCGGGUGCUGUUCUCUUCGGUGACCCGUUCAAGGCUCAGGCUGUUGGUAAGCUUGACAGCAGCAAGGUUAAGGAGUACUGCGCCACUGGUGACCCGGUCUGCUUGAACGGUGCCAAUGUCAUGGCUCAUUUGAGCUACGGCAGUGAUGCCAAGGAGGCUGCGCAGUUCUUGAUCAAGGCUGCUGGCCUUUCCACUUCUUCUUAG